CAGAGGCUGCAGUUAGACAUUCAGAGGGACUUGACUCACCUUUAGAAGCCUGCUCAUCUUCACUCUCUUGCCCAGCUCAAGAAUCGACAAUGUCUAUCUACAGACAGUCAGCAUCUCUCCAUGGCUACGGAGCCAGCAGCAGGAAGUCCACUGCCACACCAGGCGGCAGCAGCUACACCAUCUCGAAGAGAACCAGCUAUGGCGUUGGUUCGGCUCCGGGUGCUAACUUUAGUAGUGGCAGUGCUUUUGGCUAUGGUUCCAGCCAAGGUGGCAGUUAUGGUGGUGGUAUGAUCCAACCACAAAUCACCGCUGUCUCAGUCAACUCGAGCCUGCUGGCCCCACUGAACCUGGAGAUUGACCCCAACAUCCACAUCGUCCGCACCCAUGAGAAGGACCAGAUCAAGGGCCUGAACAACCGCUUCGCCUCCUUCAUCGACAAGGUCAGAUUCUUGGAGCAGCAGAACAAGAUGCUGGAGACCAAAUGGAGCCUCCUGCAGGACCAGACCACCACCCGCUCCAACAUCGACAGCAUGUUCGAGGCCUACAUCGCCAACCUGCGCAGACAGCUCGAUGGGCUGGGCAACGAGAAAGUCAAGCUGGAUGGAGAGCUCAAGAACAUGCAAGGCCUGGUUGAGGACUUCAAGAGAAAGUAUGAGGAUGAAAUCAACAAACGUGCAGGUGCAGAGAACGAGUUUGUGCUCCUGAAGAAGGAUGUCGAUGCUGCCUAUAUGAACAAGGUGGAGCUCGAGGCCAGGGCUGAUGCUCUUCAGGAUGAGAUCAACUUCCUCAGAGCUGUCUAUGAGGCUGAGCUUCGUGAGCUGCAGGGCCAGAUCAAGGACACCUCUGUCGUUGUGGAGAUGGACAACAGCCGUAACCUGGACAUGGACUCCAUUGUGGCUGAAGUGCGCGCUCAGUAUGAGGAUAUUGCCAACCGCAGCAGAGCUGAAGCAGAGGGCUGGUACAAACAGAAGUACGAGGAGAUGCAGUCGUCAGCCGGACAGUAUGGAGAUGACCUGCGCUCAACCAAGACUGAGAUCGCUGAGCUGAACCGCAUGAUCGCCCGUCUUCAGAAUGAGAUCGAGGCUGUCAAGGGACAGAGGGUAAACCUUGAAUCUCAGAUCGCAGAGGCCGAAGAACGUGGUGAGCUGGCAGUGAAGGACGCCAAGCUCCGCAUCAGGGACCUGGAGGAUGCUCUGCAGAGAGCCAAGCAGGACAUGGCCCGCCAGGUGCGUGAAUACCAGGAGCUGAUGAACGUCAAGCUGGCCCUGGACAUCGAAAUCGCCACCUACAGGAAACUGCUGGAAGGAGAGGAGGACAGAAUCAGCAGUGGAGGCGCCACCGCAACCGUUCGCAUGCAGCAAAGCUCUGCAGGACUCCAAAACUCCAGCAUGUCCGGUGGUUAUGGUGGUGGAUACGGCGGUAGUGGAUAUAGUGGUGGAUAUGGGGGUGGAUAUGGUGGAGGACAAGGCACCAUCACCAAGACAUCAACAUCAUCAACCAGCAGCAGCAGGAGAAUGUAUUAAAAAAGGAGAGUCGUCCCUCUUCCCCUUCAGAAACUUUUGACAUUCAUCAAGCUGUAGUCCUUCAGGGUGCUAAGCAAUACUGUUAAUAAUGUUUGACCAGUGGGUUGAAUAUCCCAAAAUUUGAAUUUCUUGAAUUACAUAUAAAAAUCAUAUUACACUGCCAUCAUGUGUUUUAAGGAUCGCUGGUUGUUCUUCUUACUAAGUACUUCAGCAUGAUUUAACAAGAGUUUCUGAAGGUACACGUUAAACACACAAGGCCUAGAUCAUUUAUCAAGAUGAAACUUGUUUUUUUACACGGGUGUUGAAACUAAGCAAGGAAACAGAGAACAGUGAAAGUCAGUGCUCUGUACUAUUCUGAUAUCAAUAAUAAGAGCAAGUAAUUGAGUAAUUCCAAUCACGACAGAAUAGGUGAAUUAUACAUUUGUGUGAGGUGACACGUUUGCAUUUAUACUUUGAAGUGUUUGGUCACUGGCUUAUUCCCUUUUACUGCUCUGUCAAAUGUUUCCCUGCUUGGUUUCUGCCUUUUCCUUGCCUUCAAGCCAAAACUAUGUUGAAACCGGAUUUGUUUUGUAAAAGCCUUCACGUCAGCAACAUGAAUCUGAAUAAAAUACAUCUGAGAACCCAAGAAA